CGUGGUUUGAACAUGGUGAAAAUUGCUUUUGGCUUAAUUUUUGGUAGAUUUUUUUCAUCUUUUUCUUCUCCAAAAUGGCUGUCAGUCAGUGAAGCUUUGACCUCCAGUGAGGCAAUAAAUAAGAAUAUCAAAGUCCAAGGCUGGUUGCAAUCUGCUAGAAUUCAAAAGAGUUUAUUAUUUCUUGAUGUUAAUGAUGGAUCGUCUCUCAAGUCCUUGCAAGCUGUGAUGCCAAUCGAAUCUGAGUCUCCUGAGGUCAGUCUAGGUGCUUCAGUUCAAUUGGAAGGAUUAUUAGUGACGUCAUCUCACCCAAAGCAACCAGUCGAACUUGCUGUAUCUUCUAUAAAUGUACUUGGAUCAUGUGAUAAUCUUUUGUAUCCAUUUAAAGCUCGUAUCAAUCAUCCAGCUGAUUAUAUUAGACAGUUCCCUCACUUAAGAGCGCGUACAAAAAAGUUUUCGUCAGUUCUUAGGAUUCGUAAUGCAGCGAGCAUUGCUGUACAUGAAUACUUUCAGCGUAAAAAUUUUUUGCAAGUUCAUACUCCACUCUUGUCGUCCAGCGAUUGUGAGGGAGCUGGUGACCUUUUUAUAGUUAAACCCGAAGGAACAAAAGAUGCAUCAGAUUUUUUUGGUGUGCCAGUCUACUUGACAGUUUCUGGACAGCUGCACGCUGAAACAUUAGCGUGUGGUUUGUCAAAUGUUUAUACAUUUGGGCCGACUUUUCGUGCCGAGAAAUCUCACACGUCGCGUCACCUAUCAGAGUUUUAUAUGAUAGAGGCAGAGUUAGUUACAGGGACUCAUUCACCUGGAGAGUCACUGGACAUCAUCAUGCAAUGUUCAGAAGAUUUGUGCAAGUCAAUUAUUGAAAAAGUCCUAACUGAAAAAGAAGAGGAUUUGAGCUUUCUUCAUUCUAGUAAUAAGCAAACUGAUCUUAAGGAACAGCUGGAAAACAUGAUCAAAAAGGAAUUCAAAAGACUGACAUACAAAGAAGCAGUAGAAUUGCUUGAUUCUGCAAAAGAAAACUUCUCCUUUAGACCAAAAUUUGGAGAAAACUUAGGAACAGAGCACGAAAAGUACAUUGUGCAAGAAUUUGGAAACACUCCGGUCUUUAUAACUGAAUUCCCUGCCUCCAUUAAACCAUUUUAUACCAGAAAUGAUACAGAUACAAACACAGCAUACGCUAUGGACCUAUUGAUGCCAAAUAUAGGAGAAGUAGUUGGAGGAUCUGUAAGAGAAGAGAGAUUCGACAUUUUAGAAAACACUCUCAAAAAUUUAGGAAUGGAUGAAAAGUAUCAAUGGUAUCUUGAUUUAAGACGUUUUGGUACGGUCCCUCAUGGCGGCUUUGGACUAGGUUUUGAGAGAUUAUUACAAGUUAUAGUGGGAGCUGAACACAUCCGUGAUGUAAUACCCUACCCUCGCUUUGUAGGCUAUUGCCCAAUGUAGAAAUUCACUGAUAUUAAUGAUAAUAAUAAUAAUAAAAUCGUGUACGAGAAUGUAUAAUAAAAUAAUAGUAUUAUUAUUAUAAUAGGCACUAAUUGUUGCACUUUAUAG